AUGAUUCUAGAGAAAACAGUGCAAAGAUCAAGGAAAGAUUGGUCAACAAAAUUAGAUGAUGCAUUAUGGGCAUACAGAACUGCUUUCAAAACACCGAUUGGCAUGUCUCCAUAUCGGUUGGUGUUUGGAAAGGCUUGCCAUCUGCCGGUGGAGUUAGAGCAUAAAGCUUUUUGGGCCAUGAAUACUCUUAACAUGGAACUAAAAGCUGUCGGGGAGAAAAGACUGCUACAGUUGAAUGAGCUAGAGGAGUUUCGAAAUGAAGCCUAUGAGAACGCAAAAAUCUACAAGGAAAGAACUAAGAAGUGGCAUGACCAAGGUCUAGUAAGGAAGGAGUUUCAACCUGGGCAGCAAGUGUUACUCUUCAAUUCAAGGUUGAAACUGUUUCCUGGAAAGUGGAAGUCAAGGUGGUCAGGACCAUUCACAGUGGUCAAGGUGUUUCCUUAUGGAGCGGUGGAGUUAAAAGGGUGA